AUGGCUUUCAUGAUAUCCAAACACCAACCAUCUUUCUCAGAGGCCGCCGAGAAGGUAAGCGUUUCAGAUCAACGAGAUGAGACAGAAAUUAUAAACUCAGUCACUAGUCAACUCUACUUGAAGUCGUCAUCAUCAUCGGCUCAUCACACUUCAGAAAAAGCUCUGGACAAAGAUGUUGUUCUCAGACGACUUCGCCACCAUAAGUGCUUAAACAGGAUAAAAAAUACUUUCGGAGCUUUGCUGAGUACCACCCCAUCUGGUGGCCAGAGACAGAAGUGGCUGGAACAAGAUGAUGCUUUCUCCGCCCCACCAUUCAAAGGUGAAAUGAACUCCGAAGGUCACAAAACUUGCCAGAUUGAUGGCUUGUAA